AUGUAUAUACGACCGGCCAUUCUAGCAGCAAUUAUACCGUUAGCAGUAACUGCCACUACACUCUACAGUAUUUUACAACGGAACGAUAUUUAUCUUUGGCCUAUUAUUGGUAUUUCGGUAAGGUACUAA